UGCAGCUCCUGGUAAGCAUGGAGGAAGCAGUGGGCAUGGACGAUUCCAUUAUGGUGACUGUGAAUCUCCACAAGGGCCAAAGUGUUCAGAAGAUGACCGACGAGGAGCUCCAGACGUUACUGGAUGAAAUCAGUGCUUCCAAUGCAGCCAUGCAGAGAGAAACUGCUAUGCUUGACAAGUACUGUGAACGUAUGGUUCCUAAGGAAGAAGUCCAACAACUUCAAGUUGUGACACCAGAACAUACACAAGCAGCACAGGGCCGUUCACGGCAUCGAUCUAGGUCUCGCACUGCAACAGUCGAACGCCUUUUGAACCUAACAGCAGAGCAAAAGUGCAAUAUCGCUUAUAGAGAACUGGAGGAAACAAAAGAGGUGUUAGCAAAGCUGAGGCAGGAUUCAAACCACACAAUUCGGAAUUUACAGGCUACCUUUGAGGAAGCUGAAUGUGCACUAACUGAAGUAAAGAAAGCAGUCUAUGAAUUUGAACGAGAUAUUGCAACUUUCUCACAAGGCAAAAAGGAGAGCACAAUUGUACCAGAAACACUCUUUAAGUACUUUGAGGACAAGAUCCACGCAAAAGAGAUGCUGAUCGAUAAACUGCAGUUGAAGAAUCAUGCAUGGAAGAUGCUGAAGGCGAAAAUGCACCAACAGCUCCGGCUGAAAGAAGAGGCAGGAGAGAUGCUGCGUGAGGUUGACUUCCAUCAGCUGAAGAUUGAAAACACUCAGUUUUUAAGGCAGAUUGAGCAGUACAAUCAGGACCUCCUCCAACUCAAAAUAAUGACAGGGCAAACGCAAAUUGUGCUCAACUCCUAUAAAAGGAAAUUACAGAAAAUGCUGGCAGAGACAAAACAACUUGUCAGUGAAAUUAAAUCAAGGCAUGAAAUGCUAGAGAAGAUUGAACUUGAGACUAUGGAAGUGAAAGAAGACAAAGUGAAAGCAGAGGAGCUAAACAAGAAAUUUCGAAAUGACAUUUCCAAUUACAAAGUGCCAGAUAUAAUUGAAUAUGUGCAGGAGACCUGGAAUCGCUUCAACUUAGAGAAAAAAGUGAAAACCUGGGAACGCAAAGUGGAUGUCGCAGAGCUAUCACAUAAAACUUGCAGUAAAACCUGGGAGAAAAUAAAAAAAGUACAGUGACCAAGACAUAAGCAAAACCAAUACAGAGUGA